CGCGCGUUCCAUUCUAAAGGCUGCCGGGCUGCCCACUGACCUUCCGCUUCCGCAUCCGCAUCAACAUCAACCUCAGCAUCAACAUUGUGAUGAACCGAUUGAACCACUCACGUGUAGACGAGACGGGGCAACUUCACAUGCGAUAUGCGAAUUGUCUCGAAUGGCUGACCCCGCGCCGCCACAGCCUGCGCGACAGAUGAGCUUGGUACCGUACGCUUCAGACUCUCGGGACGUGGUUUUGCGACGAGGUGAUGCUGUCGUGGUUUAUGAUGCCAAUUCCAGACAGCUGUCAGUUCGACAGGCUACCGAACAGCCCAUUGAAUUGCAAGAUUGUCCGUAUUGCCGCCAGCCAUUGCGGACGAGGGACCCUAGCACCGGCGAUGGCGAAACUGCCCACCCAUAUGGGCCCGAGAGGCCUUUCGUUGACCCAGAGUACUUUGGAAUGCUGGCGGCGAGUCAGCGACCAUCACCUGCGGCAUCUGCUCCUUCCACUUCAAACCGACGUAUACCCAUCGCUAUCAGGUCUGGCCGAUCGAGAGAUGUCAGCGGGGCGCAUGACCCACCAGCUACUGGAGCACAGUUUGUAAGCAGCGAGCCUGCAACUUCACAUGGCCAAGGAAUCAGCAGCUCGGCCUUUUCUCCGGGCUAUUUUCAACAGUUUUUCAGAACGGAACGAGAGCUUGGCAGAGGUGGUAAUGGCGUUGUAUUGCUCGUGGAGCAUGUCAUCGACGGAGUCUCGCUUGGUCAUUUCGCAUGCAAAAGGAUUCCAGUGGGCGACAGCAGAACGUACUUUGAAAAGGUCAUCGUGGAAGUCAAGCUGUUGCAGAAGAUUCCUCACAAGAAUCUGGUGGCCUAUCAUUGGACUUGGCUCGAGGAUCACCAGCCAUCAAUGUUCGGACCCAGUAUACCAUGCCUGUGGAUCUUACAGGACUUCUGUAAUGGUGGCGAUCUACACAGUUACGUGCUAGGGCCACAGAACUCUCCUUCCACGACAGAAAAGCUGAAAAGUAAGAUUCGGAGAAAGUCUAGGAGCGAGCUCAGUCCUCCCGAUGAACUUCGUGGGCCUAGUAGAUUAUCACUGGAUGAGAUAUUUUCGUUCUUCAGAGACAUUACCUCUGGCUUGCAUCACCUACACCAGAAAGGCUAUAUUCACCGAGACUUGAAGCCAUCCAAUUGCUUGCUACAGCGCGAUGAUGGCAAGACCAGGGUAUUAAUAUCAGAUUUUGGUGAGGUCCAGGCAGCUGGCGCCAAGCGCGUAUCGUCGGGCGCCACUGGAACAAUAUCGUACUGUGCUCCAGAAGUGCUUCAGCGGAAUGCCGAUGGUUCUUUCGGGGACUUUACGACCAAGUCGGACAUCUUCUCGCUGGGCAUGAUAGUCUACUUUAUGUGUUUCGGUCGGCUGCCAUACACCAAUGCAGACGACAUCAACGAGGAAAACGAGGACCUGGACGAGCUCAAAGCUGAGAUUAAGAAGUGGUCGGGGCUUGCGGAAGAAAGCUGGAUGCGGCUCGAUCUCCCGGAGCGUCUCUACAAAUACCUGAAGAAACUGCUCAGCGUGGAUCCGAACGAUCGACCCAGCACCGACGAGAUCCUGGCGAGCAUCAAAGGCGGUGCUGCAUUAGGCGAAGCAGUAUGGGCGGCCGAUGAGCACAUGGCCCGAGUGUCCUCUGUCGAUUCUCCAGCACCAAAGGCAACAUCGCGACCGCGGAAGCCUCCGUACUUGCCCUCACCAGGCAGGCAGUAUUCGAACGAAAACAGUCGGAACAGUCGGAACGCUCGGUCUCAGAGUCCCAGCAGAGGACAUGACCGCGGGCAGAGUAGGGCUCUGAGUCCAUUGACGGGAUCACUGGCAGUACAGGCCAAGAAAAUUGAGUUUCCCACUGCCAAGGUUGCAUCUCCAGAGCAAAGCCCGCGUUUAAUACUACCACCGCCAGAGACAACGAGAGCGAGCGUCGUUCUCCGCCCCCAAAAUGCUCCAUUUAAUGCCAUGAUACGAGCUUCCUUCUUCCUGGUAAAAGUGUUAUCAAUCUCGAUUCCAUGCACUCCCUAUGCAGCGAACCAAUGGCUCGUAUAUCCUCUGCUUGGGCUUGCGGCACUGGAUCUUGGUCUCGUGGCUCUCAGUGCGUGGCAGUCGCUUUUUGUGCUGGGAUUCCAUAUCCUCGUUGUUUUGGCCGCGAAGCAUUUUGAUGGACUGUGUGCGAAUGGGAAACCUGGUGUGAUAUGGGCGGAUCUCUGAGAAGUUGGAAGCAUAUCGAUAUUGGAUAAUACUUAUUACUUGUUAGUGUCAAUUGGUUUACAGGACAUGAUAUCAGUUUCGAGGAUCUGGUCCGCCACGGCCCACUACGGUAGAAGGACGUCUUUAUCUCCUCCGAUACAGUAUCAGCAUUUACGUCAGGAAUCGGCACUCGCCGUCGGACGGGGCUGACCAAGCUCUUCCCAAGACUGCUUAUCGCACGCUAGGAGGUAGGCUAGCCCUUGGCACUAUGCCUCUAAUGUCUAUUGCAAGCGUGCUGGUAUAUAAGGUAUAUUUAUUUUAAUUAUUAUUAUGAUUUUUAUCC